UUUUAUAAUUUAUUUUUGGGUUUGAAAAUGACCUGAAACCUCUUCCGCUUUUAGGAAAUACAAAUUCCCCCAACCUCCUGUGCUCUUCAACAGCGGCGAUAAACCAAGAACACAGUCCCUCUCUCUUCUCUCCCUUAUAUCAAUUCCAUAGAAAAAUGUUGUUCUUCUCGUACUUCAAGGAGUUGGUCGGCAGAGAAGUGACGGUGGAGCUCAAGAACGAUCUUGCAAUCAGAGGAACUCUGCACUCGGUCGAUCAAUAUCUCAACAUCAAGCUUGAAAACACAAGGGUUGUCGACCAAGAAAAAUACCCCCACAUGAUGUCAGUGAGGAAUUGUUUCAUUAGAGGAUCAGUUGUGAGAUACGUUCAACUACCCCCAGAAGGAGUAGAUGUUGAGCUGCUGCAUGAUGCCACCAGAAGGGAAGCUCGCGGUGGCUAAAUUUAACAUUGACUUGGAUGCCGUUCAACUUCUUUUUUAGGAUUAGAAGGCCUCUGGUACUAUUUUUUUUUUUUUUUUUUUUCUUUUUAUCUCAAUCCUUUCUUCUAGAAGUACUUGUUGCACUUUUCAGUUAUAUGACAACUACCAUCACCAUGUAAGAUUGUCUGUAUCUCUACAUAUAUUUCUUGUCUAACUGCUGUUAUGUUUAUGAAGAAUCCCAUAUUCCUGGCA